AUGGAAGGAUCAAGUGGUAAACCAUUGGGCAAGACGGGAGUGCCGCUGCUAGAGGAGGAGGCGCAAGCCAAUGCCCAAACCCAAACAUUGGAGCCACCCCAACAGGCAGCAGCGGAAGACAAUGCUCAAACCCAAGCACCGGAGCCACAGCAGCAGGCGGCGGCGGAAAACGAGGGGAGCGAUGAAGAGCGUGUUGAUUUGCGGAACUUGACGGAAGAAGAUGCAGAGUCGCUGGUGGGAGUGUCGAUGAACUGGGCGCUCACGCGCCGCAGCUCGCUGCAGUCAACCAUCCCAGGCUCCAUCGCCGAGGUGGAAUUGGAGGGAGGGGAGUUCCUGGAAAGCGACGAGGAGAGGCCGUCGCAGCAAACUACAACGUCGGAGAAAGCGAAGCUCACGGAAUCGUCGCGUGCUGAACAUCGCGAGACGGUGGUUGAAGGGAAAGAAGAGAAGCGGUCAUCUUUCAGGGCAAAGAUAUCGACGAAGCGAAGGUCGAUAUCGAUAUCAGGGGGCGGAGAGUCCCUGAGGAAACUUUUACCUUCUUUAUCUGGAAGUAUCAAACUUGGCCUGCAGAAGGCACGGAAUAAGGCAACAGGAGGGAGUAGUUACUCGUCAAGUCAUCAGGUGAGUGGCCAGACAAGUGACCAGGCGACGCCAGUUCCUGGUGGAACUGCCCCUAGCGACGUUUCCGGAACGGGCAGCCCUCAUAAGAUGGAGUCUAAAAUCACACUUGAGCGAGAGAGAACCCCAGACCAAGGAACGACUCAACCGCCAUUGCUGCGGGUAAUCUCCGAUUCAAUGCUUUAUUCCUCCCUCUCACGCAUCUCCUCCCUCGGCGACGACUCCCGCUUUGAAAACAACCACCAGAUGAUCAAUUCUCGCCGCAAGGCAUUAAGUGAUUCGUUACAAGACAAAAGUUUCAAAAUGCCAACCAUGCCUAGUUUACCCAACUUGAAGGAAAAAUUCAAUGCUAUCAGUGGCUACGCGACGCGCCCACCGGAUGAGAGCUCAAAAGGCAAGGUGCUCAGCGAUGCAGCGAAAGGGCAAAGCUUAGAUGCCAAGGCAACUCUGUCGUCCGAUAAAAUGAAGGUCUUUGAUAGGGUUAUAGAGCAUCUGACUGGUGACGUUGUGGUCUUGGGGGGUUACCGAGGAUCAAUUCUCAAAUCAACGAAAGCGUCAGAUCGCCCGCUUUGGAUACCACCUGUGGGAGUCGGGCUAAAUCUUGGGACAGUAGACUUGGAGGUCGGUCUGGAAGAUGAAGACGAUGAGCGAAUGGAAGAGAGCGUCUAUGCGUCUGGGAUGCUGCGGAACAUUGGAGUGGUGGAUAUAUCGCGCCGCCUAAUCAAACGGUUGCGGGGGACAGAGAACGCGAAGAAUGGGACACUGCGUGUCUGGGAUUACGGAUACGACUGGCGCCUCAAUCCUCACCUCCUAAGCCGCAAGCUGAAGGAAUUCCUUGAAGGGCUGCCAUGCAAUGUGCCUGGUAAAGAUAAGGGUGCCCUUGUUAUCGCCCACAGCCUCGGCGGCCUCAUCACCCGCCAUGUCGUCAACCAGCGCCCAGAACUAUUUUCGGGCGUCAUAUACGCCGGUGUCCCACAAUCUUGCAUUAACAUCAUCGGGCCUCUCCGAAAUGGUGACUCCGUGGGCUUUAACCAGCGCAUAUUUACUGCACAAGUCAACUUCACGCUGAGGACGAGCUUGGUUCUCCUCCCGCUUGACGGUUAUGGUUACAUCGACAAGGUGACUAAAGAGCCCUAUCACAUUGACUUUUUUGACGUGAACGACUGGAUCAAAUACCGCAUCUCGCCCUGCACGGAUCAACCGAUGCCGGCUAGGAAUCCUCCAAAUCCAUCUAUCGCCAGUGCCAUCACCAGCAGUCUCACUAGUCUGACAAUACCACGCAAGAACCCCUCGCCACCACCACCAGCGACAGGAGUGGUCGCAAAAACCACUGGCCAGAGCACCGCCUCCAAAGCCAUGGAAAAGGUCACUUCACCACUGCGAAAGCGAAAAAAGGCAAAGAAACAGUCUGAUGCGACUCCCCCAUCCUCAGACUCACCCAAAACGUCCCCAUCCGUGCUCCCCCGCUCCGCCGCCGUCGCCUACCUCACGCGCAUCCUCCCCGUUAUCAAGCAAUUCAAGCUGGAGCUCGCGCACCGCCCCGACACCGAAGUCGCGAACAAGUACCCGCCGCUCGCGGUCAUCUACGCCAAGAACACUCCCACAGUGUGUGCGGCGAAGGUGGAUGAUCGCGAUGCCAUACCGUGCGCGGAUGUGUAUAAUAACCUUGCGUUUGCGAGCGGGGACGGAGUGUGUCUAGCCAAGGACGCGCAGCUGCCGUAUGGGUAUCGGUAUGUGCUUAAUGGACGAAUUAGAACCGAGAGGGGGCAUGUUACGAUGUUGGGGGAUCUGGAGGCGGUGGGAAAGGCGAUAGAGGCUGUGUAUAAGGGGAGGGAAUUGGGAAUUGGAUUGGGACUUGGGAAUAACGAGAUAUGGGAUUAG